AUGUCUCUCUCUCUUUUUCCCCACCCUCUAGUGAUAUGCAGCUUCCGAGGAGCUGUACCGCAAGGCUUGGUCCUGGAACUAGGUGAAACUGUCCAGAUCCUAGAGAAAUGUGAAGGCUGGUACAGAGGUGUUUCCAUUAAGAAGCCCAAUGUAAAGGGGAUUUUUCCUGCAAACUAUAUUCACUUGAAAAAGGCAAUCGUCAGUAACAGAGGGCAAUAUGAAACAGUUGUUCCACUUGAAGAUUCUGUUGUGACUGAAGUCACAGCAACACUGCAGGAAUGGGCUGUGCUCUGGAAACAGCUGUAUGUGAAACAUAAGGUAGAUCUUUUCUACAAACUGCGGCAUGUGAUGAAUGAACUCAUAGACCUACGCAGACAGCUACUGUCAGGGCACUUGACACAGGAUCAGGUGCGAGAGGUGAAGAGGCACCUCACAGUGAGGCUGGACUGGGGCAAUGAACAUUUGGGCCUAGAUUUAGUUCCUCGGAAGGACUUUGAGGUUGUGGAUUCAGAUCAAAUCAGUGUUUCAGAUCUUUAUAAAAUGCAUUUGUCAAGUCGACACAGUGUCCAGCAGAGCACAUCGCAGGUGGAUACAAUUCGUCAGCGUCAUGGGGAAGCUUGCCGUAUGCCAGUGCCUCAUCACUUCUUCCUCAGUCUGAAGAGCUUCACCUACAAUACAAUUGGAGAAGACACAGACGUCUUUUUUUCUUUGUAUGAUGUUAGAGAAGGCAAGCAGAUCAGUGAGAGGUUUAUGGUGAGAUUAAACAAGAAUGGAGGCCCCAGGAAUCCAGAGAAGAUAGAUCGAAUGUGUGCGCUUUUCACAGAUCUCAGCAGCAAGGACAUGAAGAGAGAUUUGUACAUAGUUGCCCAUGUAAUUCGAAUAGGUCGCAUGUUGCUAAAUGAUUCAAAAAAAGGCCCCCCUCAUUUACACUAUCGCCGCCCCUAUGGCUGUGCAGUAUUGAGCAUCAUGGAUGUACUUCAGUCAAUCUCUGAAAUAAAAGAAGAGAAGGAUUUUGUUCUCAAAGUUUACACGUGUAACAACGAAAAUGAAUGGUGCCAGAUCCAUGAAAAUAUUAUUCGCAAGUCCAGCACUAAAUACACAGCACCCAGCUCAAACUAUGGACUUAUAAUAUCUCUUCAGCUUCUUCGUGGCGACAUGGAGCAGAUUCGAAGAGAAAACCCCAUGAUCUUUAACAGAGGCGUUUCUGUUACCAGGAAGCUGGGUUUUCCUGAUGUUAUAAUGCCAGGUGAUAUACGCAAUGACUUAUACCUGACAUUAGAAAAGGGAGACUUUGAAAGAGGUGGGAAAAGCGUGCAGAAGAACAUUGAAGUGACCAUGUAUGUGCUUUAUGCGGAUGGAGAAAUCUUGAAGGAUUGCAUCAGCCUGGGCUCAGGAGAGCCAAGCAGGAGUGCAUACCACUCGUUUGUCCUUUACCACAAUAACAGCCCUCGAUGGGGGGAAAUCAUCAAGCUGCCCAUCCCUAUAGACCGGUUCCGUGGGUCUCACCUCCGUUUUGAGUUCAGGCAUUGCUCCACAAAAGACAAGGGAGAAAAGAAGCUCUUUGGUUUUGCAUUCACUCCAUUGAUGAGAGAUGAUGGCACUACCUUGUCAGAUGAUAUCCAUGAGCUUUAUGUUUAUAAGUGUGAUGAGAACAGCACAUUUAACAAUCACGCACUGUACCUGGGGCUGCCUUGCUGCAAAGAGGACUACAAUGGCUGCCCCAACAUCCCGUCCAGCCUCAUUUUCCAGCGCAGCACCAAAGAGACCUUUUCAGUCUCCACACAGCUUUCUUCUACCAAACUGACCCAGAAUGUGGAUUUGCUUGCCCUACUGAAAUGGAAAGCUUACCCAGAUCGUGUGAUGGACAUUCUAGGAAGACUGAGACAUGUCAGUGGCGAGGAAAUUGUUAAGUUUCUACAAGAUAUUCUCGACACAUUGUUUGUAGUUUUGGAUGACAACACAGAAAAGUAUGGUCUGUUGGUCUUUCAGUCUUUGGUAUUCAUCAUAAAUCUGCUGCGUGAUAGCAAGUACUUUCAUUUUCGACCUGUGAUGGACACUUACAUUCAGAAGCACUUUGCAGGAGCGCUGGCUUACAAAGAACUGAUCCGAUGUUUGAAGUGGUACAUGGACCGUUCAGCUGAGCUUGUACGCCAAGACCACAUCCAGGAAGCGAUGAGAGCCUUGGAAUAUCUUUUCAAGUUCAUUGUCCAAUCUCGGAUCCUUUACUCCAGAGCUACUUGUGGAAUGGAGGAGGAACAGUUCCGCUCCAGCAUCCAGGAGCUUUUCCAGUCCAUCAGAUUUGUGCUCAGCUUGGACAGCAGGAGCUCUGAGACUCUCAUCUUCACACAGGCUGCUUUGCUGAACUCCUUCCCCGCUAUCUUUGAUGAGCUGUUGCAGAUGUUCACUGUGCAGGAAGUAGCAGAGUUCGUGAGGGGUACUCUGGGCAGCAUGCCCAGUACAGUACACAUUGGGCAGUCAAUGGAUGUUGUUAAGCUACAGUCUAUUGCGCGCACUGUUGACAGCCGCCUGUUCUCUUUCUCAGAGUCCCGGCGCAUCCUGCUACCUGUAGUUCUUCACCACAUUCACCUUCACCUACGACAGCAGAAGGAGCUGCUUAUCUGCUCUGGGAUCCUCAGUAGUAUCUUCUCCAUAAUCAAGACCAGCUCUUUGGAGGGAGAUGUCGUGGAGGAGGUUGAGAUGAUGGUGGAGAGCCUCCUGGAUGUGCUUUUACAAACUCUGCUUACAAUCAUGAGUAAAUCGCAGUCUCAGGAGGCGGUAAGAGGGCAGCGUUGCCCGCAGUGCACAGCAGAAAUCACUGGAGAAUAUGUCUCCUGCCUUUUAUCUUUGCUUCGUCAGAUGUCAGACACUCAUUUCCAGCACUUACUGGACAACUUCCAAAGCAAGGAUGAACUAAAGGAGUUCCUCCUGAAGAUUUUCUGUGUAUUUCGGAACCUGAUGAAAAUGAGUGUCUUUCCUCGAGACUGGAUGGUGAUGAGGUUGCUCACCAGCAAUAUCAUAGUUACAACAGUUCAGUACCUGUCUUCUGCACUGCAUAAGAAUUUCACGGAAACGGACUUUGAUUUUAAAGUGUGGAACUCUUACUUCAGCCUGGCAGUUUUGUUUAUAAACCAGCCAAGUCUCCAACUAGAAAAUGCCACACCAGCAAAGAGGAAGAAGAUUCUGGAUAAAUAUGGCGAUAUGAGAGUGAUGAUGGCAUACGAGCUCUUCAGCAUGUGGCAGAACCUGGGUGAGCAUAAGAUUCACUUUAUUCCGGGAAUGAUUGGCCCGUUUCUUGGUGUUACACUUGUUCCACAACCAGAAGUCCGGAAUAUCAUGAUCCCCAUCUUCCAUGACAUGAUGGACUGGGAACAGAGAAAGAAUGGCAACUUCAAACAGGUGGAAGCUGAGUUGAUCGAUAAGCUGGACAGCCUGGUAUCUGAAGGAAAAGGUGAUGAGAACUACAGGGAACUCUUCAGCCUGCUAACCCAGCUCUUUGGGCCUUAUCCCAGUUUGCUGGAGAAGAUUGAGCAGGAAACAUGGCGGGAGACUGGAAUCUCUUUUGUUACAUCAGUUACUCGUCUCAUGGAGCGUCUGCUUGACUACAGGGACUGUAUGAAAGGAGAUGAAACAGAAAACAAGAAAAUCGGCUGCACUGUUAACCUUAUGAAUUUCUAUAAAUCUGAAAUUAACAAGGAAGAGAUGUACAUCCGCUAUAUCCACAAGCUGUGUGACAUGCACUUACAGGCUGAGAACUAUACAGAGGCUGCAUUUACUUUGCUUUUGUACUGUGAGUUGCUUCAGUGGGAGGACAGACCUCUGAGAGAGUUCCUGCAUUAUCCAUCUCAGUCAGAGUGGCAACGUAAGGAAGGUCUGUGCCGUAAGAUUAUCCAUUACUUCAACAAAGGGAAGAGCUGGGAGUUUGGAAUCCCGCUGUGCAGAGAACUGGCCAUACAGUAUGAAAGUCUCUAUGAUUAUCAGAGCCUCAGCUGGAUUCGGAAAAUGGAAGCUACCUAUUAUGAUAACAUCAUGGAACAGCAGCGCUUAGAACCUGAGUUUUUCAGAGUUGGUUUUUAUGGUCGGAAAUUCCCAUUUUUCCUGCGGAACAAAGAAUAUGUAUGUCGGGGUCAUGACUAUGAGAGGCUGGAAGCCUUCCAGCAGAGGAUGCUAAGUGAGUUCCCACAAGCCAUUGCAAUGCAGCAUCCAAACCACCCAGAUGACUCUAUAUUGCAGUGUGAUGCCCAAUAUUUACAGAUCUAUGCAGUGACUCCCAUCCCAGACAAUAUAGAUGUGCUGCAAAUGGACCGUGUCCCUGAUCGCAUAAAGAGCUUUUACCGAGUCAACAACAUCCGGAAAUUCCGCUACGACAGGCCCUUCCAUAAAGGCCCAAAGGACAAGGAGAAUGAAUUUAAGAGCUUGUGGAUUGAACGUACCACUCUGACCCUGACUCACAGUUUGCCUGGGAUCUCUCGUUGGUUUGAAGUGGAGAGAAGAGAACUGGUUGAAGUAAGUCCUUUGGAAAAUGCCAUUCAAGUGGUUGAGAACAAAAACCAGGAGCUGAGAACACUGAUAAGCCAGUACCAGCAUAAACAAAUGCAUGGUAACAUUAAUCUUCUCAGCAUGUGUCUGAAUGGAGUGAUUGAUGCAGCUGUUAAUGGGGGAAUUGCACGAUACCAGGAGGCCUUUUUUGAUAAAGAUUAUAUCACAAAGCACCCUGGAGAUGCAGAGAAGAUCACACAGCUCAAGGAACUCAUGCAGGAACAGGUACAUGUCUUAGGAGUGGGUCUGGCAGUCCAUGAGAAAUUUGUACACCCAGAAAUGCGUCCCCUGCAUAAGAAACUGAUAGACCAAUUCCAGAUGAUGCGAUCCAGUCUGUACCAUGAGUUACCUGGUUUGGAUAAGCUGAGUCCAGCCUGUUCUGGCACUAGUACACCACGCAGCAAUGUUCUGGUUUCGCAUGGACCUAUGAGCCCAGAGAGCAUAAAGCUGAUGCAUCGACACAGCCCACUGAACUUGCUUGGUUCAGUCCGACACUCAUCGUCCUCUCUGUCGUCCCACACCUCCAGUGAAACAGGAAACCUGGUUAUCCUAACAGACAGUUCUGUCGGGGAGACUGCUGAGGAUAUGUACCACAUGCAGCUUGUUUACCCUAACUCCAGGUACCAAGGCUCAGUCACCAACCUCUCUGUUUUAUCCUCGUCCCAGGCUAGCCCUUCCACCUCAAGCCUGAGCUCUACUCAUUCGGCACCAUCCCAGAUGAUUAACUCUGCCCCUUCCAGUGCUCGAGGCUCUCCCUCUCUACCAGAUAAGUACCGGCACUCUCGGGAGAUGAUGAUGUUGCUGCCAACCCAUCGGGACCGACCUAGCAGUGCCAUGUAUCCCACAGCUAUCAUGGAAAAUGGACAGCCUCCAAAUUUCCAGCGCGCCUUGAUCCAGCAAAUGAUUGGGCCAUGCAAACCUUGCAGUGAUCCCAACCUGUCUGUAGCUGAGAAAGGACACUACUCACUGCACUUUGAUGCCUUCCAUCACCAGCUCAGUGAUGCUCCUCCGGCACUGCCUGCACGAACAUUGCGCAAGUCCCCUCUUCAUCCUAUCCCUGCAUCACCUACCAGUCCGCAGUCUGGUCUAGAUGGAAGUAACUCCACUUUAUCCGGCAGUGCCAGCAGUGGUGUCUCUUCCUUGAGCGAGAGCAAUUUUGGACAUUCUUCUGAACCACCUCCUCGCACAGACACCAUGGAUUCUGUCCCCAGCCAGGCCUGGAACACUGAUGAAGAUCUGGAGACACCCUACCUCCCUGUCAGGUACAGUCUCUCUGAGCCUGAUGUCCUAGAGUCGCUCAAAUCCCAGCCAUGCCGAAGCCACUCUGCUCCAUCUGGAGUCAUUCCUCAGGACACCAUGGACCCUCCUGCUCUACCCCCCAAACCUUACCACUCCCGGCUGCCAAACAUGGAGAACGAGGAGGGAAUGAUAAUUGAAGAUGAUGACAAACACCGCCCAUUGCAUCGUAAAGUGUCCCAGCCAGUGAGUGGUGGAAAGGAAGAGCAGGCCAGGGUAGCAUGGGAGCAUGGCAUCAGUGAGCAGUAGGGACAACUCCUGGCAAGCAGCUCACAUAGUCAUUCCUUCUACAAAGGAGAGAUAAGGACUCGGAGAACAGCAAACCAAUUUUCUACUGCCGCAAGUUUAUGUCUGGAGCCCACAAAAGCAACUGGGCCAGCAUGGGAGGUUGCUGCUUUCCUUUUUAAUUUCUUUUUACACCUUUCUGUUACGUUUUUUAACUUUCUGUGCAGUGGACAGUUUGUUCCUUCUGCAGUUUCUUAACCACAUCAUAUGGCACACAAGCCAUAGAGACUUGCAGAAGCUGAAAAAUACAAUUUUAAGCAGAGGGGGGGGGAAAGGGGGGAAUGUGGCAAGUUCAUUUUGAAACUGCUUUCCUCCCAGUUCUGAGACGCACAUGAGUAGAAGCAGUUGCACUAGGGAC